CACACAGACAAACAUUUUUGUUCUUGGGACGAGCGUAUUAAAGCGGACAAGGUGCUGUUUUCGGCUGUGAUUCGGUUUGGUGCAGUGUGUGCGGAAGGAAGCAGGACACCGCAUGGUUAUGUUUAGUCUGGUUUUGGCCACGGCUGCGUUUGUGCUGGCCGGGGCACCACAACCAUGUCGCUGUGAUCGUACACCAACCGAUGGCAGCGAUUUAGCGCUUCGAGCUACGCUAUCGAGUGAUAACGGGUUGGAUGGAAAUAUUUGGAGAAGGAUCCGCGAACGAGUCCUUAGCGGAGGUGGAAACAAUUUGAUUUCAGGCGUUAAGCUGCUAACACACGACGCACCAUCCACAUUCCACGCGUGGAACCGGCCCGGUGUGAACCCGAGCGAGCUGACGCUUCUGGAAUCGCUGAUCAAUCGUUACCGGAAGUACAUGGUGGAGAGAGUGGUUCGAUUUGAUGACGCGUGUUCGUUGCUGUUUGGUGGUGAGCCGGUUGACAAAGACCGGGACGACGACAACGGAGAACCGGUACAGGUCGGGGACGAAUCGCGCCCAGAAAUAUCUCGCAACAGAGGUCGAAGCGAUGGGCUAGUGGAUGAUAGCGUCGGAAGUUCCUUCAAGGGUAGGGAAACCGAUGGUGGUAGCGGUGCAUCGAACAAACUGCAACGGGACGGGCCAAUUGCUGAUACGUUACUACUGAGACGACCGACCCUUAACGAUUUAUGUUCCAAUAAACCGAAGCAGUAUUACCAGUGUCUUUUGGAGCGCUUCAACGAUCAGCAACUGAUCGGUAUGGUGCAGGAUUAUCUAGAAUCGUACUGCUUCCGGCAAGACCCAUUCGAGCGUAGUACGGCAGCGCUACAGAAACGUGACACACCGCGCUAUGUGUCGAAGCAAAAGUUCCACUCGUGGGGCGGUAAAAGGAACACGGCUCAGGUGUUUUAUCCGUGGGGCGGUAAACGCACCGUUUCGCGGGCACACAAGCAACCGAAAGUGGUCAUCCGGAACCCGUUCCAUUCGUGGGGUGGCAAACGAGGCGGAAUGGCGGUAGAUUCGUCCUCGGUUUGAUCGAACGAACGUUUUCUCGACGCCGUUGCUUCUCAGGUAGUAGGAAGAUUUUCACACUAGUAAGAUGAUGGAAUCACGCCAGCAGCUAUCGUCACCGAUCACCAGCCGUUCGAAGCUUACCCCUCCGGUCAGUGCAUGUUUUGCGGUAUUACUAUUGCUAUCGUCCAGUUGCUAAGCCAUUCAAUGCUCCCGUAAGCAGUUCGCACACUUGCAAAUACUAACACAUACACACACAGAGCAGCAAGGAUAUUUGAAUAAACUUUGCGUUUGCGAACUGAACCGAG